AUGGCGACGGCGGGCGGCGCUAAAAUGGAGCCUGCUUCCUGCGUGAAACAAUCCCGCUCCCGAAAUGCUCUGCGCUGUUUACGCUUCGUUCCUCCCUGGGAACGUCACAGUGCGGCGAGGGGCGGGGAAGCGGGACGGGCGAGGGAACGUGACGUAACGUCAGCGUGUCGCCCCGCCCCCCCGCAGACCGGAUGUCCCUGGAAAGUCUUAGUGACAGUGAUCUGGUUACCCGAGUUAUCCGUGCGCAGCCUGUGGCUGUUGGAACAGGUGUUUGCAAUUCCACUCAAGGGAGAACUGGAGAUGGAAGAGAUUGGAGAGAGGAAGAUGAAGUUCCCUUGGUUACGGCCCCAUGGGAAAGUCACAGGUACAUGGGAGGAGACCAAGCCAGCUGUGGUGAGAGUCAGAAAGAGAGCUUGUUUGGAGCCCUGGGUUAUUGGCCUCAUCACCUUUAUCUCCCUAAUUGUACUGGCAGUGUGCAUUGGGCUGAUUGUUCAUUAUGUGAGAUACAAUCAAAGGAAGACAUACAAUUACUAUAGCACAUUGUCAUUCACAAGUGACCAGUUGUAUGAUGAGUUUGGAAAAGAAGCUUCGAAAAGUUUCACAGAAAUGAGCCAGAAAAUUGAAUCAAUGGUGAAAAAUGCAUUUGACAGAUCUCCACUGAGAAGAGAAUUUGUCAAGUCUCACAUUAUCAAGUUCAGUCAAGAGUACCAUGGAGUGCUAGCUCAUAUGCUGCUGAUUUUUAGAUUUCGUUCUACUGAGGAUCCUGAAACCCUGAACACACGUAUUCAACGUAUUCUGCAUGAAAAACUACAAGAUGCUGUAGGACCCCCUGAAUUAGAUCCUGAAUCAGUUGAAAUUAAAAAAAUCAACAGGACAGAAACAGACACAUUUCUGAACAAUUGCUGUGGGACUCGAAGGAAUAAAACCUCAAGAGAGAGUCUGAGGAUUAUUGGUGGGACAGAAGUGGAAGAGGGUGAAUGGCCAUGGCAAGCUAGCUUGCAAUGGGAUGGGGCCCAUCGCUGUGGAGCAACAUUAAUUAAUUGUACAUGGCUCGUGAGUGCCGCUCACUGCUUUAGAACUUAUAAGAAUGCAGCCAGAUGGACUGCUUCCUUUGGAGUAACAAUAAAACCUCCAAAAAUGAAACGCAACCUCCGGAGGAUAAUUGUCCAUGAAAAAUACAAAUAUCCAUCACAUGACUAUGAUAUUGCACUUGUAGAGCUUUCUAGCCCUGUUCCCUACACAAAUGCGGUACACAGAGUUUGUCUCCCUGAAGCAUCCCACCAGUUUCAACCAGGUGAUGAGAUGUUCGUGACAGGAUUUGGAGCACUGCAAAAUGAUGGUUAUAGUCAAAAUCAUCUUCGGCAAGUACAGGUGGAUUUCAUAGAUACUAAAACCUGUAACGAACCUCAAGUUUACAAUGAUGUCAUAACUCCUAGAAUGUUAUGUGCUGGCUUCUUGAAAGGAAAAAGAGAUGCAUGCCAGGGUGACUCCGGAGGACCACUGGUUAGUUCAGAUGCUAGAGAUAUCUGGUACCUUGCUGGAAUAGUGAGCUGGGGCGAUGAAUGUGGGCAACCCAACAAGCCUGGUGUUUAUACAAAAGUGACUGCCUUCCGAGACUGGAUCACUUCCAAAAUUGGUCUCUAAGAGAGAAAAACCUUAU